AUGGCUUCUUUAAAUCUUACAAAACCAAAUUAUUCUCAUCCUAGAAUCAUAGCACCAUUAAACAUUUCAAUAGACUCUAGUGCAUUAUUGGAAAUUAUCGAAUUCAUAUACCAUGACAACUCUGCAGAUGAAGAAUCCUCUACUUCUAGAUUAAUUGGUACCCUUCUAGGUAUUAACUCUGAAGACGGCAAUAUUGUGAUCAAAUCUGCCUAUGUUGUUCCUCAUAAAGAAAUCGACGGUGAUUUGAUUUUUGAGGAAUCAUUCCAUUUCUCGACUUACCAAUUGUACAAAAGAAGCAACCCUAAUCUUCAAGUUGUGGGUUGGUUCUCUACAAAUGACAACUUGGAUUUAUCUGCAGGUCUCUUACAUGAAUUCUACUCAAAGUCGUCACCACACUCACAGCAAAUUUUGCUUACGUUAAACCACACUGACGAAAACGGGCAAAUUGUUUCCCCUGUCGUCAAAACUUACAUCUCUGGACCUGUUGGAUUACCUGCAUCAUCUCAGUUAGCACAAAAAAUCGGAUUGGACAAGUCAGGUGCAUAUGCAUUUGCUGAAAUUGAGAACACCAUCAAGUACUCACAAAAUGAACUAACCUCUUUGCAAUUCAUCAACAAAGCUGCAAAAAAUCACGAUCAAUUGACAGACAUCACUUCUAGUGAUGAACUCAGACAGUUGAAGUCCAGUUUAACAAAAAUUAAUGAAAUGAUUACUGUUUUGCAGGAGUAUACCGACCGUGUCAGUAAAGGAGAGAUUCAAGGUGAUGAAAAGAUUGGCCAACUGCUCCAAAGUGCAUUGAAAUUCCAAAUUCCAGAGUCUGAAAUAAGCCAAUUCAAAUCUAAGAUUGAGGAACAUACUAACGAUGCAUUACUUAUUGAGUACUUGUCUUCCUGUAUUCAGCAACAACUGGAACUAAGCUCUAAGUUAACCAACUUUGUGUUACCGGAGGAUGCUUUGAAGGCUGCACAUUGA